GGGUGCAGCCCGCCCAUCGCUGCGCGUCGCGACGCCUAUACCGACAUCACACUUGACAUUCAGGAGAGGUGCAAAAACGAAAUCAACCGUGAAGCUGAAGGACCUACCACAGGGAGCGCUUAAAUUGGAGCCAUAUACCGAUACCGUUGACGAUGCACCAAGAUAUCCAACAGUCGUGCAAGGGCACAAGAACAACAUGCAGAAAUUUAAGAACUGUGUGAUUUUGACCAGAGUAGGAGGCUUCUACGAGGUACGGAUGACAAUGCCGAUACGGCCUAGGGGUUUCAAAGAGGUGACAUGAAGUAAAUGCCUGACCAGAUUCCAGCUUUACUUUGAGCAAGCCGAAGAGCUGGGCCCUUUACUAAACCUGAAGGUUGCUUCGAAGAAGACCAGUGCAGGCCCCGUGCCCAUGGCCGGAUUUCCGUUUUUUCAAUUAGAUCGCUUCUUAAAGACACUGGUGCAGGAUCUCAACAAGUACGUAGCGAUUAGCGAGGAGUUCGCCCCUAGCACGGAUGACAGGACACGCUCGACCGGCCUUUUGUUUGAUCGGAAAGUGACCAGAAUCAUCACUCCUGGGACAUUGAUCGAUGAGAAGUUCAUGGAUCCUUCAGAGAACAACUUCUUGCUGGCUAUAUACAUUGAUAUUCCGGCGUUGCAAGCACAACUGGAACAACAACAGGACGGAUCCUCAUAUCAACAUAUUCUGUCGUCUGCAUCGCAGCAUGUAGGCCUAUCCUGGCUAGAUCUCUCAACGGGCGACUUCUUUACCCAGCUUACCACGGCGCAAAUGCUCCCCUCGGCUAUUGCGAGGAUCGGCGCGCGUGAGAUAGUGGUUGAUCAAGGUCUCCAGGAUCUGAUCGGGCAGGAGUUGCAAUCGCUCAUCGGGCACGACCAGCGCCUGAUGACCCUUUUCCAGUUUCGUGGGGAUAUCUUGCCAAUGUCUCAGUGGGGUUCCAUGUUAGAAGCGCCCAUCAAUGCAAAGGCAAUGGACUCAUUCACCCGAGAGGAAGUGGCUGCCGGUUCUAGCCUCUUGGAGUAUAUCAGAGAACAACUUCAAGGUUCAAACAUGAAACUUCAGCCCCCGCGCCGUCGGCACUUGGAUGAAUCAAUGAACAUUGACCGUAACAGUCUACGAGGCUUAGAGAUUCUCGAAUCAGCCCGUGAUGGGUUUGGGAAAGGCAGUCUGUUGCAUGCAGUUCGCCGCACGUCGACUAAGAGUGGAGCACGCCUUUUGAGAGAUCGUCUUACAUCUCCGUCUACUUCUUUAGAGGUAAUUAACGAGCGGUUGGAUCUCGUUUCACUCUUUAUCACCGAUUAUGAACUACGUGAUAGCGUAAUACAGCUACUGAAACGGAGCUAUGAUUCUCAACGCUUAGUUCAGAAGUUUACCCUGGGCCGAGGGGAUCCCGAUGAUCUGAUAUGUUUGUCUCGGGCUAUAGAGGCAUCGAAAGAGAUUAGAAGGGUUAUGUCCGUUUCUACUCACCAGGGACACACUAGCCCUUAUGCCUCCAGCCUAGUGGCGAUGAUUAAUCGAUUGCAUCUCGACGGGCCAUCAGCGCUGGCAGACAGGAUUCUGGCAGCCAUUGACGAAGAGGGUCUGCAGCAGAAGCAGCGAAUCGACGAUGACACGGCUGCAGAGGCGGCCACCCUGGCACAAGAGGUGGCUACGAAUGAGGGCGUGCCGUCGGAUCUGGAGGCGCUGCCGAAGAAAGUUAGAGCAAAGAAUAGCGAUCGAUCGAACGCCGCGACCGACGAGCUUUCGGAUGUUGAGUCCUGGAUCAUGAGGCGCGAUGCAAGCCCGGCACUCCACAAGCUUCAUCAAUCAUUGGCGAGCUUGCAGGAUGAGAAAGUUACUCUGACUCAGACACUCCGUGACGCGGUCGGGUCGUCCGCGUUGUCUCUCAAAUGGACACCUGGCCUAGGACACAUUUGCCAUGUCAAGGGACCUAAGGUUUCACAGCAGGCAUUAGAGGAAUUGGGGGUCACGCGAAAUGUUUCGUCAACCAAGUCCACACGAUCUUUUUACCUCCCUGCCUGGACGGAGCUCGGCGGACGAAUCGAUCAGGUCAAGCUCCAGAUCCGACAAGAGGAGCAGGCAAUUUUCGAAAAUCUACGCCGGGAGGUGAUUUUGAACCUUGUGAAAAUUCGACGCAACGCGGCGGUAAUGGACGAGCUUGACGUUGGGUGCUCCUUUGCGACGCUGGCAGAAGAGCAGCAUCUCACCCGUCCUAUUCUCACGCAGGGAACCAGCCACAAGAUUGUGGGCGGACGACACCCGACGGUCAAACUUGGGCUUGAAGAGCAGGGGCGACGCUUCGUCAGCAACGACUGCUUUUUAGGAGGGUCUGAACGCAUCUGGCUCGUCACCGGGCCUAACAUGGCCGGUAAAAGCACAUUUCUCCGCCAGAACGCGUUGAUCACGAUUCUUGCGCAGAUUGGAUCCUUCGUGCCCGCCGAGUAUGCGGAGAUUGGAAUGGUCGACCAAAUCUUCAGUCGGAUCGGGGCCGCCGACGACCUCUUCCGGGACCAGUCGACUUUCAUGGUGGAGAUGCUAGAGACCGCGACUAUCUUGAAGCAGGCCACCCCUCGCUCUUUCGUGAUCAUGGACGAGGUUGGGCGAGGGACGACGCCGGAGGACGGAACGGCGGUCAGCUUCGCGUGCCUGCAUCACCUGCAUUAUCGCAACCAAUGCCGGACGCUGUUCGCGACCCAUUUUCACGCCCUUGCAGAUAUGACACAGGACUUUGGAGCGCUCGGGCGAUACUGCACAGAUGUUAAGGAAACGGCUUCGGGUUCGUUCUCCUUCGUCCACCGACUCCGCAAGGGAGUUAACCGUGAGUCUCACGCCUUGAAGGUAGCCCAGCUGGCCGGGCUGCCUUCGGAGACUAUCGACAUGGCCCAUGCUGUUCGGCAGAGCAUCCAGAAAGAGGUGAAUGUCAAUGGGGAGCCUGCGUCAUGAAAGCAGACAUGCGUGUUGUUGGAUCAUUCGUAUCCACGUAUGUAUGUAUUCCUGUAUGUACAAUAGCAUCUGUUUCCACUGUUCAAGAUACCACUCAAUUCAAUUCCGUUUCCCAUUUCAAUCCCUCAACAUCCUCGUUGAUAGAUACCCUUGCUUCUUUUUCCACUUCCCAUCACCGCACGGCCUCCCCUAAAGCUUCGCCUUAACCACCCCACCCCUCAACGACCCC